UGAACAAGUCUUUUCUUUUUAUGUUGUCUUCUCUCAUGUUCAAUAGUAGGGUGAAGGAGGUCUCUGGCCAGCUAAAGUGAAAAAUACAAAACACAGUUGACAUUUACGUUAGUGCAACAGCGAUCAAGCAUGCGGUCAAGUGCCUUAUCUUACCAUUACUUAUUUAUGUUUUAAUAACGUUACAACACUACUCCUGUGAUAAACAAGGUUCCACACAAUCCAUCUUCAUUUUUACCCAUCUUUGCCAGAUCCCAUGCAAGACCACAAUGGCCGAGUUGAAGCCUUGUCAUGACGGAGUGUCUUCUGCCUAUACCCAAAUAACCUUGCUCUGCCGGUACCUUAUCUUGAAUUGAAAAAUAAUGACGGCCCCUCUUUUCCUUUUCCCACUUCCUCUGCCACACUGCUAUAGAAUUUUUCUUAAUGACAGACCAGCACUCAGAUAUCCCAACACAUACCCUUAACUCAAUUUCUCUUUACAGUGCCAUUUUAGCUGCCUUAUCUGCUGUCUCAUUCCCCUCUACCCCAACAUGAGCAGGCACCCACAGAAAUCCCACCAAUCCUCCAGCCUUCUCGAUCUUAUACAAUAGAGCCAUCACUUCCAUAACCAGGUCUGGCCUGGCUCCCCAUUUGCUUCCUAUCAGAGUUUUUAAAACUGAAGCCGAAUCUGAACAUAUGACUGCUCUCCUUGGCAGCACUUCCUCCACCCACUGUAGUGCCCAAAUUAUAGCUAUUAGUUCUGUUGUAUAAACCGAUACCCCCUCAGACAGUCGUUUGAGCUGUACAAUUCCUAGCUGAGGAAUAUAAAAAGCAAAGCCAGACUUCCCAGUUUGUGGAUCUUGAGAUCCAUCUGUGUAAAUCUGAAGAUAAGACUCCCAAUGCUCACCCAGCCUUUGUUUAACCAACCCCGGACAUAAACCACCUUCAAGAUGUUUUAAGUUUUCCUAUAUACUGAAGUCUAUGUCUGGGGUGGGAGGCAUCCAUGGCGGUAUAACUGCCCAGUACACCUGCGGGGCCACACCUGCCUCUCCCAGUCCCAGUUUCUCCACCUUUUUGCUGAUGUUAAAUAAAAAAACACUCUUUCUUCCUUUUCUCUGCUGCCCACUCCCAAGCAUUAUUCAGAACUGAUUUUGUUGGGUGCUCUUCUUUGUAUCCACACAAUUUAACAACAUACUGCAUUGCCAGUUUCUCUCGUCGAAUUGACAAUGGCAUCUCCCCCAUCUCAACCAGUAAAGCUGGAACUGGGGUUGUACGAAGAGGCCCCAAACAGUAUGGUUUUCUUUCCCUACAUGGUUUUAUUAUAAUGGCGAAGGCAUGACCCGCCCUACUCUGCCUCUGAUUGGCUGGUACUCGUUUCUCUCGUUGAUUGGAUUGGUUGUGUUUAGACACGAGGAGUGAGGUUGGUUAGGGUAGAAUACCAGGGUAAGCCAAUCAGAGGCAGAGUAAGGCAGAAUAGGGCGGGCCAUUGCCUUCGCCAUCCUUUGCGUAAAUGCGUCAUCCUAGAAAAUCGUAGGAAACGUAGCCGUUAAACUCAAGUGUUAAACUACGUAGACCAUAAUGCAAAGUAGAAAGUGACAUCACUCAUCUCGACAUCGGUCUGCUGCCAGUCUGACAGCUGAGGAUUUCCAGACGGGGGAUACCGGCUCAGUACGGCCUUCUAUUAUCGAAACGUUGGAGUCUACACUGUGUUUAAAUGGCGAAAACGUACGAUUAUCUUUUUAAACUGUUGCUCAUCGGAGACAGCGGAGUCGGCAAGACAUGUCUGCUGUUCAGAUUCAGCGAGGACUCCUUCAAUACCACCUUCAUAUCUACAAUAGGCAUAGACUUCAAAAUCAGAACAAUCGAGCUGGAUGGAAAGAGAGUCAAACUUCAAAUUUGGGAUACUGCAGGGCAGGAGAGGUUUCGCACCAUCACUACAGCUUACUACAGAGGAGCAAUGGGCAUUAUGUUGGUCUAUGACAUCUGCAAUGAGAAGUCCUUUGAAAACAUAAAAAACUGGAUUAGAAAUAUUGAAGAGCAUGCCUCGUCUGAUGUAGAGAAGAUGAUCCUGGGUAACAAAUGUGACAUGGCUGACAGGAGACAAGUGUCCAAAGACAGAGGUGAAAAACUGGCUAUUGAUUAUGGAGUUAAGUUCUUGGAAACCAGUGCAAAGUCUAGCCUAAAUGUAGAAGAGGCUUUUUAUAACAUGGGAAGGGACAUAUUACACAAUCUGAGCUCAAAGACAACUGACAACAAUGCCGGAGGAUCAGGCAAACCAGUCAAGAUCACCGAGAAAAAGUCAAAGAGGAUAAAAUUCUUCAAGUGUUCGCUCCUCUAGGGUGCUCAGCUCUAGUGUUCACGACUCUAGCAUGACUUUGCUGUUUUGGCGGACUUCUGCCUCCCAGGCAUCCUCGCAGCAGCGGCAGCAGUGGUAAUAUUUAGAGGGCCUUAAUGCUAGCUGAAGCUCACGGGUUCAAAAGUGGUUGAGAUGUCAUCCUGAUCUGCUGACCAGAAGGGGAUCAAUGAGGAAUGAGGCCUGAUACUGUAUAUCCGCUCAUGCAAAAGACUUGUGCGUGAUCAUCAGCAUUGGUUUGUAGCUGGCCCUGCCCUGGUCUGCUCACAGGUGAUUCUGUUGUAAUACCUCUGUUGGAUCUUAUGAAAAUAGACUUUAUUAAAUAUAGUAAAGUUCUGGAUAGUUGUCUUAUAAAUGGGGGGGUGGGGACAUUCAGAUUCUUUCAUAAAUUGUAGCAUUGUUUUAUACACACUACAUAUUGUCAUAUUUACUAUGAUGAUGCUGUCAGAUGGACAUAUCAAGUCUCAGCAUUGAUUGUAUUUGUCUGUAAAUUCAUGUAUACUAAUAUGCCUAUAAUCUCCUGUUGCACUGGCAUCAUUUCUAUUUGUUCAUGUGUGCCUUGAAGGAGUCAAAGUAUUGUGAUAGAAAAGAGAAAAAUAUGUUUAAAUAUAACCUACUGUCUUUUUUAAGAAACCUUAAUUUAUACAGGUUUCUGUGUCAAAAUGAAACUGUGAAAGGUUGUUUGUUUCUUGGGAGCUGUACCUAACUACAUAUUGUUAUGCGAUUGUCAGUAUUUGCAUGAAAGAUAUAGGGAUACCUCUGAGUGGUUCAUUAUUAAGCACAUUGCAGUAUCGGAAAAGAAAAGGUUUACAGACAAUAUUUGAAAGUGUCAACCGUAUUUAGGAAGUUCAUGUUUUUGAUUGACUGAUGUGUAUAUACUUUAUUUUCACCUUAACAUGUAGACAUCCAACAUAAAAACACAAUAACUGGGGAAAGCUGUAAUGUCAAUGAUUGUAAGCUACUGUACGUUACACCAAUGAAAGAAAGUAAAGAAAUUGGAUCUUUAAAAGAGUAAUGUGUUCACUACUCUGCACUCGUCAACUCACAGUAACUGCAUGCAUGGAAAUGUUAAAGCGAU